AUGAAUGCUCUAUCUGAUAUUGCAACUGGAGCAAAUAUAAGAAAAGUAGCUCAGGAUCGGGGUAAGGAAAUUUUAAAAAAUGUGAGACGUGGAGCAGUUCAAUUGGAUAUUUUUAGAACAAAACCAAUUCAAUCUAGUAUUUUAAGAUCUGAAGAAGUUUCAUACAAUCCUAUUGCUUCUUUAGAUAAUCUAUCAACUAUUGACUUUGUCUCAUUAGGUCAUGGUGAUACAUACAGAGAUUUAUCUUCUACAUAUCUUAGAUUAAAGGUACAAAUUGUUAAAAAAGAUGUAAACCAUUGGAAUAACGACAAAGGUGCCGACGGAAAAACAUUGCCCCAACCAAGUGUAGUGAAUAAUCUUCUACACUCAAUAAUAAAACAGUGUAAUGUUCAAUUUAACGGAAAAAGUAUUACCCCGUCAGAUGGAAAUUAUCAUUACAGAGCACACAUUGAAUCAUUAUUAAAUUAUGGUACGGAUGCCGCUACUACUCAUUUAGAGUGUGCUGGAUGGUGUUUAGAUAAACCAAACAUAGCAAAACCAGAUAAUAAUGGAUCAAAAGAACGUCAAAAACUUUAUCACAACAGCAAUAUCGUAGAGCUAAUGGGUAAACUACAUUUGGAUAUGUUUAACCAACCGACUCUUUUAAUAAACAACGUUAAUGUGAGAAUUACUUUAACACUUGAAAAACCAGAUUUUUAUAUUUUUGCAGACGAUGCUGAUGAAUCUCAGUUAAAAAUUUUGGAAGCUACAUUAUUUAUGAAGCACGUAACAAUAAACCCAAGUGUACUACUAGCCCAUAAUGCUGUUCUAGAAAAAUCUAAUGUCAAGUACAAUUACAAACGUGUUGAAGUAAAAAGUUUUACAAUUCCUUCUAAUACAUCAACUGUUUCACUUGAUAAUGUCUUCAUUAGGCAAUUACCCAACACCAUAAUUUUUUGCCUUACAGAAAAUGUUGGCUACUCUGGAAAAAGAUCAGAAAAUCCAUAUAAUUUUCGACAUUUUGAUAUGUCCCAGUUUGUAUUGUAUGUAAAUGGUGUACAAGUACCAAACACAGCAAUUGAAACAAGUUUUUCAGAUGAAAAUAAUAGUCAUACUCGUGCAUACCAUACACUUUUCUCUGGUACAGGAAUUUAUCAUAAUGACUAA